AUGUUAAUCUGACUGCGACUACAAUAAGCGCUGCUCAUACUGAACAGAGACCAGAGAUAUCGAGUCUUGACACAAGCGACAUCCCUCAGACGAAUCUUGUACUUUCGCUGUGAUUUUCAUUGGUGAAAUUGUCUUUUCAGAAUGUCUCGCGGUUCAGGAAUCCUUCCAGAUGAAUCCAUGUUCGCUGAGUUCAAAAGACAAUGCUUGUCUACGGAGAAUUGGGUCAACAAGUAUGAUAAAAAUGACAUGGAGGUUUGGGUCGAGCAGGCCCCUUUAUCUGCUUCUAUUAACAACAAAGGAAACUACAGCAAAGUGCACAAAAUCAGGUGUCAAAUAAACAUAAAGGAUGUAUCUGCUGCCACCAUGUAUGAUGUUCUUCAUGACGGCCAAUACCGGAAAACAUGGGACCCUACCAUGCUGGAGAGUUUUGACAUCGCCCGUCUGGCUCACAAUGCUGAUGUGGGCUACUAUUCAUGGAUUUGUCCGAAACCAUUGAAAAACAGAGAUGUGGUGACCCUGCGCUCAUGGCAGGCGUCUGAAAAUGAGUAUGUGAUCAUUAACUUCUCAGUGAAACAUCCGAAAUAUCCUCCACGAAAGGAUCUCGUGAGGGCCGUUUCCCUAAUGACCGGUUACCUGAUCAAACCAACAGGGCCCCAAAGCUGCACUUUCACAUACCUCUCACAAGCUGAUCCUAAAGGGUCUCUUCCGAAGUGGGUUGUCAACAAAGCAUCUCAGGUCCUGGCUCCAAAAGUGUUGAGAAGCGCUCAUAAAGCCGGACAAAACUACCCUGCCUGGAAAGCAGCAAACUCUCCAGAUCAUAAGCCAUGGCUGUACCCCAUCCAGAGCGAACUGGCCAUGAUGGACCCCGCAGAGCUGUCCAUCCAGCGCGGAGACUCGCUCGAGAACGUGGAUGAGAGCUCGACCAGAGACUCUCAAGAGAACGAGGACAGCAGCUAAAAAUGACUUCAAACUGAGAAGAAAAGAAAAAAAAAGAGCAGACGGUUUGUAGCUCUGGUCCAGUUACCUCACACCACACUUCUAUUCCUCCCUCCUGCUCGCAGAGUAGAUGUUUACAAUCACAGCACAUCCAAUUAUCCACACCAGAGGUUCUUACGCCAUCAAUGGUGCUCGAAAAAGAGGAAUCACUAUGCAGCUCUACUUCCUAAUUUAGUUUAAUACUAUUCUGAAGGUGGUUCAUUUUCGUGAAUGACCUUUUUGCUUUGUAAUUUAUUAUUAGAUGGUUUGAUGAAGCCACACCUAAGUGGUGUUAAUGGCAGUUGAGUAGCUUGUAAGUAGUCAAACAUGUUUAAUAUUUCUUUUAAGUCUCCGUGUUUUGGGAGAGGCUCUCCUGCAAUGCCAUUCUUUGUUUGCAUAUUUAUAUCUGUGUGUCUUUUAAAUGAGGUGUGUGUUUGUGCGUGUGAUAAUGAGUGACACCAAGCAACAAUGAGAGAACCUGUGUUUUGUGGCCUUGUAAUAAGAGCGAAGCAGACCAAAACAUGAAGUAGUAUUACCUCAGGAUUUAUUACUUGAAGUGGUAUUUGUUCAGUUGCCUGUAACAGGCAGAGGGAUAGUGAAGAAACUGAUUGAUGGAGCUGUCCUGUGCUUUACACUUAUGUCUUUAGAGUAGUUCAGCCAAAACUGACAAUUUUAUAAUUUCCUCGCCCUUUACAGGUGUUUGACUUUCUUUUGUUGAACACAAAAGUCCUUUUUAGACAGAUGGAAUCCUGUAACCAUUGACUCAAUGAAUACCGUCUUCAGCAUUCUGCAAGAUAUCUUCUUUUGUGUUCAACAGCAUAAAGAAAUUCAUAACGGUUUGUAACCAUGUAAGUAAAUGGUGAGGUAGUUUGUGGGUGAACUAUCUCUUUAAUUUGACAGCAGUGCAUUCAUGCAAAGGCAUUUGUCAGGACAGUCGGGUUGCAAAGUUGCCUGUAUUUAUUACAGAUGUUUUCAUUCUGAGGAAGGAUGGAUGUGUAGAUUUGAGUUUGGGAACUUGAAUUUCAUAUGUAUGAAGUCCUAACUCACUGAAGGGUAAUAUGGUUUUGUACAUUCACUAUUUUAAAUAAAUUAUAUUGUUCUUUUGAA